AUGGAAGACUCUGAAAGAAAUAGUGCAGGAGACUGGGAGUUGGAGGAUUCCACCAGCGAAAAGCCGCCCUACAAGCUCCCGGCGAGGAUAUCCAGGAUGCUUUACCCGUUCCAGCUCCAGGGGCUCAGAUGGCUUUGGUUUCUGCACUGCAGGGGGACCGGUGGCAUUCUCGGGGAUGAUAUGGGGCUGGGGAAGACCAUUCAGGUUUCUGCCUUCCUUGCCGGAUUGUUCCAUUCGGGUUUAAUCAGGAGAGUGUUGGUUGUUGUUCCAAAGACACUUGUGACUCACUGGAUCAGAGAACUUACACUUGUUGACCUCGAAAGCAACAUCAGGGACUGCUCUUGUCCCGACGUAAAUGUUCGCAAGUCUGAGCUCCAGUACGCAUUCAAGGAGGGUGGUGUCCUAUUGACAACAUAUGACAUUGUCUGGAAAUAUUACAACACGAUAAGAGGUGACUUCUACCAUGACGUCGGUGACGAUGAGGAGGGGAACUUAUGGAACUAUGUUGUUCUCGACGAGGCACAUUUAAUCAAAAACCCCAAGACACAAAGAUUCCAAAGAAUAUCUGAAAUACCGUGUGUCCAUCGGAUUGCCAUCAGUGGAACACCUAUACAAAAUAACUUGGAGGAAAUGUGGGCUCUUUUCUAUUUCUGUUGUCCGGAAGUCCUGGGUGAUAGGGAUGAGUUUAGAGAAAGGUAUGAAAAUUAUAUCAAUCGAGGAAAUGAAAAGGAUGCCACCAAUCCAGAGAAGCACAUAGGCUCAAACGUAGCCAAGGAAUUAAGAGAACUGAUAAAGCCUUAUUUCUUGCGUCGUAUGAAAGAUGAAGUGUACUUUGCUACUAGCUUGACAAAUGAGAAUACGCUUCCUAAGAAAAAUGAGCUAAUCAUCUGGCUGAAAUUAACAGAUUACCAGAGGAAACUAUAUGAAGGUUUUCUGAACAGUCAUAUAUUUAAUAAAAUGCGACCUCGCUUGCUGGACAUCACUAUAUUGAAGAACAUAUGUGAUCACCCAGACCCACUGAUAUUGAAAAAAGUUGCUGCUGAGGGCACCUUGGAAGGCAUGGAAGAUAUGGAUGGAAAAUUAAAUGGUCAUGAUAUGGCGAGGCUCAAAAACAUGGCCUUGAACGUUGCUGGUUAUGAUGAUGAUGCACUGCAAGUUGGCCAGCUGGAAGUCUCAUGCAAAUUAUCUUUCAUCAUGUCCUUGUUGAAAAAUCUUCUUGAAGAGGGACAUCAUGUUCUAAUUUUUUCUCAGACUCGCAAAAUGCUAAACAUUGUUCAGGAAGCUAUAUCAUUAAAGGGCUACAGGUUUUUUCGCAUCGAUGGUACCACCAAGAUUUCAGCAAGGGAAAGGAUUGUGAAGGUUCUUGUUCCCAUUUCACAAUAUUCUUAUGCCGUGGGUUUCCAAGAGGAUUUUGGAACUCAAAUAUUUUUACUGACUACCAAAGUCGGUGGUCUUGGACUUACACUCACCAAGGCAGAUCGUGUCAUAGUAGUUGGUCCUGAUUGGAAUCCAAGUAUUGACAAUCAAAGUGUCGAUCGUGCCUAUCGAAUAGGACAGACAAAAGAUGUGAUUGUAUACCGCUUGAUGACGGCUGGAACCAUCGAAGAAAAGAUAUAUAGAACGCAGAUUUUCAAGUGGGGUUUGUUUAGGACAGCGACUGAGCAGAAAGAACAAACACGCUACUUCAACCAGAGGGACAUUCAGGAGCUUCUCAGUCUGCCAGCACAAGGUUUCGAUGUUUCCUCCACGCAGAAGCAAUUGCAAACAGAGCAUGAACAGCAGCUUGACAUGUAA